AUGGCCAACCCCACGCCCGUCAGCGACGCCGCCGACACGCUUGGAGCCAUGCAGCUCAGCGAUACUUCGAACAGUUUCGUUUUGACUGAUCGACAACCCUUUCGCUUCCUAGAUCUGGCCGCAGAGGUCCGUAACCGCAUUUACGACUUUGCUGCUGAGACAGCUAAGCCCGAUGAGACACUUAGGCCCAGCAAUGGAGCCAACAUUGGUCUCACUCAGGUGUGUCGGCAAAUCCGAUAUGAAUUCAGGAAGGUCUACUUGCAGAAGGUUCCCUUUGUAGUCAGAACAAAAGACGUCGAGAGUUUUGUGAAGGCAUUCUUUUGGCUUGAUGGCACAGAUCAACAAGCACUCAUCAAACAAUACCCCGCUCACGUCUACUAUCUACACACACAGUCCGUGACGACAGACAUACUACCUCUCCUGAACGUCAGGAUGGCUUUUCCACAAGUCCAGUUCACCGUCUUGCCCGAUUUGGAAGAUCAUGGCGAACAUUAUUGGACCGCCACGAUGUGCGAAUACCUCAAGAAAUUCCUCGUUUACACAUCACGCGGAUUAAGGCACGAUUUGCAAGCAUCGAGGAUCUCCGAGUUCUGCUGCCAUUGCGAUGGUCGAUUCUAUGUCUGGUACAAGCCAGGGAAUGAGCCCUACGGCGUCAACAUGACACUGGAUAAGGAAGGACAAGAGUUCGUUGAUGAGACUCACAAGAUGCUAGGGGUUGAAGGCAGUUAUGACAUCCACUGUGGCAUCUCGUUUGAUGGUAUUGAUCAGCGUAACUGCAACAAUUCGACCUGCCGCAGAGUUGAAGAUGUGAUGUGA